AAAUAUGCCUUCGUCUCCUCCGGCUGAGCUUUUCGUCCUUUGACCACUCACUUACACAACCUCACCUACUUCACCAUGGCGCCCUCCUACAUGGUCCUCGAUCAACGCGCCCUUGACCCGGCUGGGUCCCAUAUGUUCAAGCGCGAUCUCAGCGUCAACCACACCCAGGCUGUGACGCUGGGCGUCAUGGCAGCGUAUGUCGUGGUGAUCGCGCUGCUGUGGAAUUUGCCCUAUGUUCGCUGGUCGCUAUGGCCGUUCAAGAUGUUGGUUAUUGCCUUCCAUGAAUUCGGCCACGCCAUUACCGCGUGCUGUACCGGCGGCCGGGUCAAGUCGAUUUCGCUCGAUCCGCACGAGGGAGGAGUUACGCAUAUGACGGGUGGAAUGAGCGCAGUCACUCUCCCGGCGGGAUAUCUCGGGUCGUCGAUUAUCGGAUCGCUGUUGAUUUUCGUGGGCUUCGACAUCGUUGCUAGCAAGGUCGCGAGCAUUAUACUGGGGGUGUGCUUUUUGCUCACGCUUUGGUGGGCGCGCAGGGACUGGUUGACUAUCGUUACCGUGCUGCUUGCUGUGGGAUUGCUCGUGGCGUGCUGGUUUAUCGCGCAUGGCGAGGCCUUGAGAUGGGUUGUGCUUUUUAUCGGCGUUAUGUCUGCUUUAUACAGCGUCUGGGAUAUUUGCGACGACCUGAUCCUUCGAAAAGUCAACACGUCCGAUGCCAGCCAAUUCGCCCAGAGAUACGGAGGCUCCUCUCAGUGCUGGGGUGUUCUGUGGUCAUUCAUCUCCCUCGCCUUCAUCGCCAUUGCGAUCGUCGCUGCGAUAGCAGCAUUCCGCGAGUCGUUCAGCGAGCAGGAGAAGGACUCGCAGCACUUCAUCCCGACUCGGUGAUAGACCAGCUCAGUUACGUUCUUUUUCAUGAUUUAUGAGUUAUCGCGCAUGACGGGGCAGAUUGGAGGGUUGGGGAAUCGAUGCUUUUACUGAUACCAUGUUUGUUUUUGGCUUGAUGAUCCGCUGGCGGAUAUGAAUAAACUUGCUCAAAUGGCGUUAUUAAUGUAGCGAUCCAGUGGAGAUCCCAGGAGAAUUAUGGGUUACCAAAUGCGACAUGCACUGGGGAUCUACGGUUUCCAUCAUACCGUCGGACCGGGACAAUAACUUCAUCCUCUGUCCACAGUCUACACCUAUAGAAUAUCAAAGCCCGCUCCCACUUCC